CCUAACCCGCUUAUCGGUAAGAUCUUUACGUCGUGAGGCUACGCGUCUUUUAAAGGCCAAUUUCUCCAUCAUUCUUGUCAUUACCGCAGUAAGUUUCAUCGGUUAUCGUUGUAUAUUUCGUCAUGAAUACCCAUCAGGUACUAGUAGCGUUGCUGGUAGCAGCUUGUUGUGUUUAUGCCUGCGUUCAUCCGCCUUUGCCUCCAGAUUACACGAACGAGCAAUACGUCGGCGUGUGGUACGAAAUUGGCAGGAUCCAAACGCCGGGUGGAGCGGAAUUCCAGAAGGAUUGCAUUUGCACCAAGACUACAAUCACAUCCGCUUAUCCCGUUUGGGGUGACGCUGAAGUCACUUAUGAAUGCAGGAACUACACUGCAGAUAACCCAAAUAUCACCUCCAUAGAUGGUAUUCUAAUUGCGGGUGAAGUUCCAGGAAAUUUCAAUCAGCGAUUUCCUCCAUUAAUUCGUGGUGUUGAUUAUAACAUUAUCUGGAUUGACCAAGACACGGUAAUGGAGUAUGAUUGCCGUAUUACCGCAACCAGCGAGGAAUAUUGCGUCCACUUUAUGUCGCGCACAAUCACCAUCGAGCCGGCCAAGUUACAGACCAUGAUUGAUUUCGCAGAGGGCCUUGGCUUGAACCCUCUUGGCAUCCCAUACCUAUCGGUUCAGCAAGAGGGAUGUUGGUAAAUUUCCCGAUAUUAAUUUCGAUGUCGAGUUUCAAUCCUUAAUUUAGAGUAUUGUCGCGGUGUUUGCCAAUAACGCCGUACAUAUUUAAACCUCUGAAUUGCUAAAUACAUUUGUUUUUCUGCGUA